GUAAUCAGGCGCGUUUCCCAGCUGUUUCACGAACAUCCCGACCUCAUUGUAGGAUUCAACGCUUUCCUCCCUUUGGGCUACAGAAUAGAGAUUCCAAAGAACGGGAAGUUGAGUAUACAGUCGCCACUGGCUAGUCAGAUCAUGGCCAGUGGGUCCAGGUACAGCAUUUGAAAAUCCCUUGAAAAUGAGGCCUGCUCUGGUGGAAGAAUUGUUGAUGAAAACUGGACCUGAGAAGUCACCAUGUGUUGUGGUGUCCUCGGAGCCUGUUCCAAGUGCUCUCCCUGGCAGUGGACUAUUGCUGCAUUACUCUCAGGAGAAUUCUCACAACCACAGCGACUGUUCCGAGGAGUACAGGCAACAACUGCCGUACAAAGAAGAUAAAUCUCAGAUCCCUUUGGAAUCUGAUUCUGUGGAGUUCAACAAUGCGAUAAGCUAUGUGAAUAAGAUCAAAACCCGUUUUCUUGACCACCCAGAAAUCUACAGAUCAUUUUUAGAAAUUCUUCACACUUACCAGAAAGAACAGCUGAACACUAAGGGCCGGCCGUUUCGUGGCAUGUCGGAGGAAGAAGUAUUUACUGAAGUAGCAAAUCUCUUCAGGGGACAGGAGGAUCUACUCUCAGAGUUUGGCCAGUUCCUUCCUGAAGCUAAAAGGUCUUUGUUCACAGGAAAUGGACCAUGUGAAAUGAACAGUGCCCAGAAAAUUGAACAUGAAAAGAACCUGGAACACAGUAAGAAGCGAUCCAGACCAUUGAUGCUGCGUCCUGUUUCUGGCCCAGCAAAGAAAAAAAUGAAACUGCGAGGUACCAAAGACCUGUCUGUAGCAACAGUGGGAAAAUAUGGAACGCUACAAGAGUUUUCUUUCUUCGACAAGGUGCGCAGAGUACUCAAAAGUCAAGAAGUCUAUGAAAACUUUCUUCGCUGUAUUGCACUCUUCAACCAGGAGCUAGUGUCAGGCUCAGAGCUUCUCCAGCUAGUCACCCCAUUUUUAGGGAAAUUUCCAGAACUCUUUGCACAGUUCAAGUCAUUCCUUGGCGUGAAAGAGCUUUCGUUUGCUUCUCCACUGAGUGACCGAUCUGGGGAUGGAAUGAGUCGAGAAAUAGAUUAUGCUUCCUGCAAACGUAUAGGUUCAAGUUAUCGGGCUCUUCCAAAAACCUAUCAACAGCCAAAAUGCAGUGGAAGAACAGCCAUUUGCAAGGAGGUUUUAAAUGAUACCUGGGUUUCAUUUCCAUCCUGGUCUGAGGACUCUACAUUUGUCAGCUCAAAAAAGACUCCCUAUGAGGAGCAGCUGCACCGUUGUGAGGAUGAACGAUUUGAGCUAGAUGUUGUCCUGGAGACCAAUUUGGCCACAAUACGUGUGCUAGAGAGUGUGCAGAAAAAGCUCUCUCGGAUGUCUCAAGAGGAUCAGGAGAAGUUCCGACUGGAUGACUGCUUAGGAGGAACGUCAGAAGUGAUCCAGCGUAGAGCUAUCUACCGUAUUUAUGGUGACAAAGCCCCAGAGAUCAUUGAGAGUCUUAAGAAAAACCCGGUUACUGCUGUUCCUGUUGUUCUGAAAAGGUUGAAAGCAAAGGAGGAAGAAUGGCGGGAGGCCCAGCAGGGUUUCAACAAGAUCUGGCGGGAGCAGUAUGAGAAAGCUUAUCUGAAGUCUCUUGACCACCAGGCUGUCAACUUCAAGCAAAAUGAUACCAAGGCCUUGCGUUCCAAGAGCUUGCUGAAUGAGAUUGAGAGUGUCUAUGACGAGCAUCAGGAGCAGCAUUCAGAGGGGAGAAGUUCCUCCACAAACGAGCCUCACCUUAUAUUCAUUUAUGAGGAUAAGCAGAUUCUGGAAGAUGCAGCUUCUCUCAUCAGCUACUAUGUGAAACGACAGCCCACCAUCCAGAAGGAAGACCAGGCCACCAUUCGGCAAAUAGUGCAUCACUUCAUACCAGAGCUGUUUUUCUCUCCACCCCCUGAGCACAGCAUUUCUGAAGAGUCAACAGAUGAGGACAGAGAGCACCAUCAGGCGCAGGUGCUAGAUACUGCCGAGUUACGCAAGAAGCUUGCACCGGUGCUGCCAAGCAGCCCUCUAGACACAAAAGCAAUGUUCUGCGAUGUCACGGCGGCCGAACCCCACAACACUCUGGAUGACGUUUACAGCCUGUUCUUUGUCAAUAACAACUGGUAUUUCUUCCUCCGCCUUCACCAGACUCUCUGCUCAAGACUCUUAAAGAUUUAUCGUCAGGCUCAGAAGCAGCUUCUAGAGUAUCGGUCUGAAAAGGAGAGAGAGAAACUCCUGUGUGAUGGGAGGAAAGAGAAAACCAAUGAUCCAGCCAUGGAACUGAGACUGAAGCAACCAAGUGAGGUGGAGCUGGAGGAAUACUACCCAGCAUUCCUGGACAUGGUGAGGAGUCUGCUGGAUGGGAACAUUGACCCCACACAAUACGAGGACACCCUGAGAGAGAUGUUCACAAUCCAUGCCUACAUCGGCUUUACCAUGGACAAGCUGGUGCAGAAUAUUGUCCGCCAGCUUCACCACCUUGUGAGUGACGACAUCUGCCUGAAGGUUGUUGAACUUUAUUUGAAUGAGAGGAAGCGUGGUGCUGCUGGAGGCAACCUGUCCUCCAGGUGUGUGCGGGCAGCCAAGGAGACCAGCUACCAGUGGAAGGCGGAGCGCUGCAUGGCAGAUGAGAACUGCUUCAAGGUAAUGUUUCUUCAGAGGAAAGGGCAAGUGAUCAUGACCAUUGAGCUAUUGGAUACAGAAGAAACCCAAACAGAAGAUCCUGUUGAGGUCCAGCACUUGGCCAACUACAUGGAGCAGUAUGUUGGGGUGGAGGGAGCCCCAAGCAGCCAGAACGAUGGCUUCUUGCUGAAACCAGUCUUCCUGCAAAGGAACCUUAAAAAAUUCCGCAAGUGGCAGUGCAAGCAAGUGAGAGCUCUGCGGAGCGAGGCCAAAAGCUCCUGGAAAAGGCUGAUUGGGGUGGAGAGUGCGUGCAAUGUGGACUGCAGGUUCAAGCUCAACAGUCACAAGAUGAUGUUUAUCGUGAACUCUGAGGACUACAUGUACAGGCGGGGUGCACUCUGCCGGGCCAAACAGGCUACACCCUUGAGGUACUGCCCUCUUUGGGCUGAAACACCAAAGGAGGCUGGUAGAGGCCAUGUGCCUCAGUUUACUGGCCACAGAUUUACCAUGCAAACCACACAGGAGGAUGAUCCAUGCAGAAAGCAGGCACAGCCAGUGGUUCUGCUCAAGCACCACCAGCAGUUUGACGAGUGGCACAGCAGGUGGCUAGAAGAGAAUGUCACUGUGGAGGCAGCAGACCUAGUUCAAGACUGGCUCAUGGGUGAUGAGGACGAGGACAUGGUGCCGUGCAAAACAACUUGUGAGACGAUCAGUGUCCACGGGGUCCCAGUGAACAGAUACAGGGUGCAGUACAGUCGCCGGCCAGCUUCACCAUGACAAAGGACUUGUCCACAAGACCAUGCCAAGCAGGAGCUUUGCUGGUGAAACACUAAGUCUGAGAAUAGUGGUGGGAAUGCAGUGUAUGUAUUAACGAUAUUUAUCCAAACAGCAUUUUACUUUGGGUUAUGAUGUAUUUCCAUACGGCAUAGAAUUGUCUCCUUGCAGCAUAAUCCUCUGGGCCAGGUCAUGAAGAGAGCUGAAACCAUGACAGGAAGAGAGCUCUUGGCACUGACAUGCCAUAGAGCAGAUUCCCAGCUUCAGGUCUGCUGUGGAUCAGCCACUGCUGGAGAGGCUGAGCGAGAUGGCUUUUGGAACAGGUGGACAGACUAGAGGAGACCGGUGGCAACCGCACUAGAGGGAUGGAACAAGCGGGGCUGGCUACUGGCAGAGGAGCAGAGAGCUGUAAUGCUCCAGCCAGACCAGAGCAGGAGUGACGCUGGAGCAGAUGCUGGCAGCUGCUUCCUCUUUGAAAGGUUUGUUCCAUGUCUCUCUGGAUUUCAUUGCAGGCCUGAGCCUGCAGAACUUUUCAUUGUAACCCCUCAAUGCCAGAGGGUCCAGAGCACAGAUGGCCAGCCUCACCAGGGACUGCAGGCACUCCUCACAUUAUCUGUUUGUACUAAUGCAAGCUCUGAACGCAGCGUUUGUAUCGACUUCUGGCAGGGAAGUGCCAAACCCCGAGGUAACAAGAGGAGAAGCUAACUUUCAACUCCAAAACAAUUACGUUGCUAAAAUUCUACAGUGUGAACAAGUGGGAAACGUCUCCACGGGCUGCAAGGUUAAGCAGGGAGCCAGAGCAGGGUGCCCUGGGCACAUCCUCUGCAGAGUGCUGUAUUGGACCUUGUGCCCGUGCUCUGCAAACUUGUCACACCACUGGAUUCUGCCUUCUGAACUCAGGAGUUGUGUGGAGUGGGAGUAACGUCCAUGGUGAGGGGUCGUGCAUUUUGCGUGCGGAGUGGCAGCCACCAGAACCGCGUCCUGCAGGCUCCUAGCUUUCCCAUGCGCAUCCAGAACUCCUCCUCACUGCUGCGCUGGUCACACCUGAAGUAGUCAGCAGAUGGAGCUCUUGGAGCACAAUGUUUGCACUGAGCUUGAGGUUUCUCCGUCGCACAUCAGUCUGUGUAAGGUUGUGUCCACGAGGCAGAUUGCACCCUGUUCAGCCCCGACUCCGAGUUUCUCAGCUUUUGGAGGAAUUGGAACUGCUCACGUGUUUGUUUCUUUGUGGCUUGUUUGGUUUUUUCCCUAUGGUUCAGAGCCAGUGGGAGUCUCACUGUUUUUCUCGCUGUCCAGCAUUUGGUCCUGCAGUUGUCUCAUUGACAGUGGAAAACAUGACAAACCUUUUGGAUACUUGUGACCUAUAACUGUACCAGCUGCACGUCUUUCUUGCAAGAUAAGCUGUGCGGGGGACAGCAAGGCUUCAGGCACUGUUGGCCACAAGCACAGCGAUUGGCAGCAGAGGGCUUUGCACCAGGAAGCCAAGCGCUCGCUGCCCAGGGUUUCAGUUAACUUCAGUUGCUGAAACGAGCCAAAGGUGGUUUUUUGUUUUUCUGUUUUGUCGUCGUCCCCCGCAAGCUCUUGGCUUGUUUUGGGUAAGGAGCAUAAGAUAAUGAACAUGAACCUCUGAGAGCCUGGGGUAGGUCUGACUGAUCCAGUGCACAGGAUCCCCUAUUGCUUCCAGACAGCUCUCCAAAUGCACCUCAGUCCUGUCCGACUCUCUGCCGGCUCCCAGCAGAGAUGACCAACUGUGCCAAACUUUGUUAUUGUUUAUGAUACAGAUGUUUACUAGACGGUAGGUUGCAACUUGUGGCUUAAAACGCAUUUGAUUCCAUGCCUCCCUGGGUGCACGAUGCAUUCAUGCAUCCCCCUGCUUGGUCUCCCCAACAUUUUUAAGUGUACUUCAGACAUUUUUAAGCAAUCUUAUUUUGUAAACUUUAAUUUAUAACCUGAAUGGAUUACGUGAGACUCUGUAAUUUACAGCACUCUUGUCUCAAACAUGAUAGUAACAAAUGAUGUGAAUAAAACACGCAGGCAGUGCAGACGUGUUUGAGAGUGGCUUGCUAAUGACUGAGAUUUCAGCCUUGAAUGCUGUGUAUCUGCUAGCAUGAAGCUGAUUAAAGAGAGUUUGUUCUUCCUUUGACUUUCUUUUUGAAGGAUCUUUGCUUUGGGGCUUGUAAUUGCUUUGCCAGCUCUCUGAAUGUAGGUUUUUUUUAUAUAUUUAUUUGCACAUUCAAGUAAAAUAAAGUAUGGAGCUUAUAAAUCA